AUGAGUCAUGGUCGGCGUAUGCUUGAGGCGCAGGCGCAGAAGGAGCGUACGUCCGGCACCAGUGAAGACUGCCGGCUGGACGACGGGCACCUGCGCAACGGCAGCCGCGCCUUCAACGACGACGGAACGCCGGUGCGACCCUCACGCGGCGGUGCGCGCCCAAGCGGUAGCGACCGCGGCAGGGAUGACGGACACGACGACACCGCCCUCGUCUCCCCACCCCCUCGCCCGAGCGUGAGACUUGGAUUCGGCCGCGCUGGUGACGGUAGCGCGAGUGCCAGUAGCGUUGCUACCGCAGCAGGCAGUGCGCUCGGGGCUACCGUGGCCGAAACUGCCAACCGCCAACAGCGAAUCAGCGGCAUCGGACCUUCUCCCGCUGCACCAUUCUCCUGCGCUCGCCUGGCCGUGCCACGUCGACUGCAGUCGUCGGACGCGGCGGAAGGCGUGCGCGUCAGCGCGGCUCGGCACAUCGACGUGGACGCGGAGGAGGGGGAGAAUGACGACAAUGUCAGGAAAAUGCGCGGCACUCUCGCGGAGGCGGCGACAAGAGGCUCACCAAGGCGGAAAGGAGGAGGCGGCCGAGACGAUUCGCUGGCCGGUGGUGACUCGGCACAGCGCUGCAUGUCUUCUGAGGCCCGCAGCCGCAGCCGCACGGGCGGCAGCGGCCACUCCUCUGCGAGCGGCUUGCGCUAUCCCGUGUCGCGAGUGAACGCUUCGGCCUCGACUGCGACGCUCUCAGCGGCUCCGCAUGAUCUGCCAAGUCCUCUCGACCGAAGCCGUACCGGAAGCCGCUCACCGCCACCGAUGACGGCGCUGCAGAAGGCAUCGGCUUCUACUUCUCUAUUUCGUCAGCCUCGCGCGACCCCUCUACCGGCGCCAAUAACUGCCGCCGUUCUUCGCCCGAGCAACACGGAGUCUCGUGCAAGCCCAACGCCCGACACGGGCACAGCAACCGCGGUAACCCAUGCUGCUCGUCAGCCACCACCACUACGACAGGAGUCAUCGUCGCGGAGCGCUGGCGGCCCAGGCUUCACAACGGCGAUGGCACCAGCAGCGAAAACUCCUCCGUUGCAGAUGCUCAUAUCACCGGCUUCUCCUCCGUUACGGGCUGGGGUGUCGCCGCGCAUGCUUCCGCUGCACCCUACCAGGGCGGAUGCCAGCACCGCGUCCAUGUUCCUCUCCCGUGCGGCCAGCGCAAGCACCGUCACCACUACGGUGGCCACGACUCCUUCCUCCUCGCAGGCGCAGCUUCCGCCGCCGGUCGGCUCGCAGGUGUCGCCUUAUGAGUUGCAACAGCAUCAGCCGUAUCCGAUGCCGCCCACGCCGUCGUCCACGGCUGCUGCAGUCAUGCCAUCCCGCUUCGUUGUGCACCACGACAUUGGCGAUCUCGCUGGGGACGCCGCCGGGGAAGACCGCGCCGCAACAGAGGCGGAACCGUACACUCUUCUCCGCUCUACCAAACCGCUUUCUCAGAAAAGUGAGCCUGCAGAGGCGACGACUGCUGGGCCUGGGUGGCAGUCAGCGCCACCGUCGCCUCUGCCGACAAGCGCUGAGCUGCUAGCCCGUCCGCGACUGCCGCUGCUUCCGGAGGCGACGGUGCCGUACGACGAAGUGGGCAUCACCCCGUUGGCGAACAGAGUGGACCGCCGUAUCUAUCCCUUUAUGCGUGAUUUCAGUGGCUUCCACAACACUGGCAACGAUUGUUACGGCUGCAGCCUGCUGACGAUGCUGCUGCGCAGUGAAGUGUUUCGUCGUGCGUUGCACGCCUCACCGCUCGUGUGCGCGAUGCGGCGCUAUGAGGCUCUCCUGACGGGUAAGGUGGAGCGGCGUGUGCUGUGGACGAGCGGGUACGUCAACGCUGCAGCGGAGACGAAGGCGAAGAAGACGGCGGCGCGGAAGCGCGCCCGGGCUGCUGGAUGGUCUGCCGAUGCCAGUGACGACGGUAGACAGACGGAGGAAGCGUCAGUUGCGGGUGUCUGCGGCUUGCCUGACACCACGCCAAGAGCUCCGGCGGAAACGCUGGCGCACGCGCAGUACGUGUGGCGCCCCACUGCAGAUGUCCAGCACACGCUCGACGUCCUCGACACCUUCUCCCUGAGCGAGCUAGAGGAUGUGCUAGAGGUGGAUCUGGAGGCUCAGUGCGUCCCCGCUACGCUGCAUGGCGCGCUCGCCGCACUUGCACGAGCGCAGCGCUGGCGUGAACACAUGACGACGCUCGUGAACAUGCCACAGAUGCAGGCGGCGGAGCGGCAGCGCCUUCUGGAGGCGAAGAUUUACCACGACAAUGAUCGAGACUUUGACGGGCAGGUUUACACGUACGGCAUUCGACUCAACGCCGUGGCCAACUUGUUUGAUGGCGAGUUCUUCCUCGGUGAUCAGGAGGAUGCGCACGAGCUGUUCGUGUCGGUCAUGGCGAAGCUGGAGACUGAGGCGGUCAAGUUUCAGCAUCGGUGCGAUGAAGUACUCGAGCGCCGCUCCUCUGUCACCCCAACGGAGGGGAGUAACGCGGAGGACGAAGUCGACGAGGAGGUGGAGUCGGGGGAGGGGAGGCCCGACAACGAAGAGGGGGCGAGCUUCGCGGAGAAGCGUCUGCUGCACGGGGCUCGCGCAUCCUCCGCCUCCUCCAUGAGCCCAUCGGAUGUUCCGGCUGCUGCUAGCCCACCGAAACAACGCCGCCUGUCUGUCUCUACAACCGCGGGGGAGGUGUGGAUCAACACGCUUGUGCAGACGCGACUCCUCAACAUCAUUCGAUGCCGCACCGGCGAGUGCCGCCACGAGAUCGUCACAGACGAGGUCUGCGUGAACCUCUCCGUGCACAUUCCAGAGGCGCCCCUGACAUCUCCGCCACCCGCGCCACCUCUGCCGCCACGGUCGUGCUUCCCCGCGCAGCCGCCGCCGCUUUCGCCCACGCCCAUCGUUCCCUCAUCCUCGAUUGCGGCGUCUGUGGCAGCCCCGCUGCCAGCUGUGGAUGGAGAAGGUGGCCGGGGCUGCUCCCUCGCGAACCUCUUGCACGACUCCAUGGCGUACGAAGCGCUGAGCGAGUACCGGUGUGACUGUUGCGGCUCGCGGACCUCUCAGUUCCAAGGCGGGUGCUUCUACACACGUCCGCCGCCGCUGCUGGUGCUACAGUUGAAGCGGUUCGCGACCCAGUUUGUGAACGGCACCAUUAUCAUCCAGAAGAAUAGCCGCCGUGUCGCGGUGGAGGACAAGCUGGUAAUUCACGCGCUGCCCAGUGCAGGGGAGUGGCAUGCGGGGCAGCGGCGACGGGAGCGGCAACACCGGUGCAGUCUGGACCCCGUGGAGCCCAUAGAGGUGACCGAGGCAGUGGAGGACGCGCGUGAGGGCGCGGGGUGCUGCCCAUACUACGACCCCGACAAGAAAUGCUUCUCUGCCGCUCUGCAGGAGGCCUGCGACGUGAGCGGGGGCGGUGGACUGGCAGGGCGGGAUGGUUUGAAGGAUGAGAAGCACGAUGGCACGGGCGACGACUUCCUCACGACUCUCGCUGCUGCAGCUCCUCCCUCUUCUCUUGUGCGGGCCAUUCGGUGCCUUUACCGCCUGCGGAGCUGCGUCCUGCACCUCGGCCAAAGCCUCCACUACGGCCAUUACGUGUCGGACUUUGCCGUCGACGGCGAGGAGGAUGGCGACGAUGGGGAGACUGCCAGAACGUGCUGCACGGCGGAGCAAGAGGCAGGUGUAAGCUCCACCUCUCAGGCGACGCUGAAUUCUUGCAGUGCUGCACGACGGCGCUGGCGCCGCGCGAACGACGAGCGGGUCGAGGUGCUCAGCGACGAAGUGGUGCAGGCCCGCCGUGCCGGCUGCUCCGACACCUACCUUCUUCUAUACGAGAGGGUCGAAGAGGAACGGGUGUGGUGCCCUGUCGAGGCGGUGCUGCCGACGCCUGUCUAUCGAAGCUCCGAAGGGGACAAGACUUGA